AAAUUAUACAUCGAGAAUAAAUAACUUAGAAAAACAUAAGCAAAAUGAGGGAAUCCGCACAUGAAAUCAGUAUGGAUACCUGGAAGCAGUGGAUACUUGACGCAAUAUCCAAAAUUCGGUCUCAAAAGCAAAGACCGAGCGUUCAGAGAAUAUGUCAGGCUAUUGGUACACAUCACAAGUUCCAUGAAGAUAUUGUGGCUGAAAAGUUGGAGAAAGCCGUUGAGUCUGGCUCCGUUAUUAAAGUAUACAAUAAAGGAUUACAUUCAUAUAAAGCGCCGAUGGCGAAAAGGCGAAUAAAAGUCGAUAAGACAACAAAUCUUUACAAAGUGGUAGCAAAAGCUGUAAAUGAUUUGGGAGAAUGCGAAGGAUCGACAAUCAAAAAUAUAGAAAACUAUAUUCAAAAAUUUAAUUGCAUUGAUCUUUCGCCCAAUGUUGAUUUCAAAGCUGUAAUUAAAGCAUCCAUAAAGAAAGCCGUCGACACUGGCUUCCUAAUACAGGAGGGAAAGUUAUACAAGAAGGGUAAAUCGCUAACAACGCCCCGCAAAUCUGCACCAGAAACUGAAAUACUUAUCAAAGGCGAAGAAACCUGUACACAUUGCUCCGGAAAUUCACAGAAAAAUCUUAAUGGCAUUCCAGAACCGCUAAGUUCCUGCAAACAAUGUGGAAUAUCAUUGCACACGACAUGUGCAAACAUUGCCGGCAAAUGCAAAUCACAAUCCUAUGUGCUGCUCUAUAUGCUUGUGACUAAAGGAUCUUUAUGGAAAUGUCAGAAAUGUGCUGAUUGCGUUGUCUGUAAAAUGCGCAAUCGCGGCCCGUGUCUUUUGCAGUGUUUUGCGUGCAAAAACCAUUUCCAUCUAACGUGCCUCGAUACGAUACCAGACAAAAAACCCAAGCAUCCAUAUCGAUGCAAAUCGUGCCUAAACGUUGAUCACCCAAAAUCGUUGAAAAGGGAAGCAACAAACAUAAAACUGGAGCAUGAUAAUGAGAGAAAUGUAUCGUAUUCGAAUGUCUCUCAAAAACCACAUUCCAACUGCAAGCGGCAGAUGAUUAAGAGAGAAGAGCGACUAGAAAAUCCAUCAACGUCCCAAGAAUGUGUAAACAAUGUUGCCGGCCACAAGCAAAGAAAGAAAAAUAGUAUUGCGGUUAAUAAUUAUGAGGCUCAGAUGAAACAGAAAAAGAUAUAUCGAGAUACGAUCAUUAAUCAAAUCAGUCGAAAGCGUACAUAUUCGGACUUAUCAUCUACGACUACUUCAAGCGAAAGCGACGAUGAUGAGGAUGAUGACGAUGACAAGAAUGCUGCGUGCGAUGACCAAGAUGAGAGCACGUCGUCCGAUUCAUGCACUUCCUCCAGCUCUGAAUCAGACUCAAGCGAUAGCUCGAGUGAUAGCUCUGAGUGCGAUGAUGACAAUGAUGAGGAGGACUAUGAUACGGACAAGAGUACAUUCAAAGAGAAUAUAUUUGAAAACGAGAAGAACAUUGAUUUCCGAUCAUCGUCCAAUGACGCAAAUAGUUUAGUUGACGCAUCUUCGGAAAAUUGGGGAUUUGCUGCCGUUGCUAAGAAUCCAGUCGAUGACAAAUAUAUCAAGAAUUUUAAAACCAUGAGCUAUUCAAACCAGCCUGUUGCUAAUCAAGCAAUCGAUGCAAAUAAACCUAACAAAUACGUAUCGGAUAAGUCUGAUAAUGUUGUGAACGGUACUUUACCAAUCAAGCGAAGCAAUGGAAAUGUGGAAAAAAAGAGAACAGUUAUCUUAAAAUCUAUGCCACUGGAAUCCACCAAGUUAUACAUGAAAAAUGAUGAUGAUAUUCCUUAUCUUACCAAAGAAACUGUUUUAAAAUGUCGCAUGAUUGAGGACCAACAACAAUUUCCAGAAUCACGGAAGAAGCCAGUCGAAUCAAGUAUAAGCAAUAAUACGGAUUUCAAUUGUAUAGGAAAUCCUGCGGAUGAAAAUGUGGACACAGUUGGCCCUACUAAAUUGUUUGAAAAUCAACAUCUACCACCUGGCGUGAAUCAAUUUGAUGUUAACAUAUAUCAAGAAGUGUUGCAAAAAGCUGUUCUUAAAGUUUCUGCAAACCAUUCCGAAAUGCCUCUUGAGAAAAGUAAUUCUUUGAUUCACUGUGGACAAAGUCCCAAAUCAAUUGAAAUUGGAAAAUGGAAUAUUGAAACAUGGUACUCAAGUCCAUUUCCACAGGAGUAUGCUAGGCUGGCAAAACUCUACCUGUGUGAAUUCUGCCUAAAGUAUACAAAGAGUCGAUCAGUAUUGGAUAGACAUCAAAAUAAGUGUAUUUGGAAGCAACCGCCUGGAACUGAAAUCUUCCGUCAAGGCGAUAUAUCUGUUUUUGAAGUGGAUGGAAAUGUUAACAAAAUUUACUGUCAAAAUUUAUGCCUGCUGGCAAAGUUCUUUUUGGAUCACAAAACCCUUUACUAUGAUGUGGAGCCCUUUCUAUUUUACAUCUUGACUAAGAAUGAUCAGGUUGGCUGUCAUCUGGUUGGAUAUUUUUCAAAGGAGAAACACUGCUCGCAAAAGUACAAUGUAUCAUGUAUUCUGACAUUGCCUCAAUAUCAAAGGCAAGGAUAUGGGCGAUUUUUGAUUGACUUUAGCUAUUUGCUUAGCCGGGAGGAAGGACAGCUGGGUACUCCAGAGAAACCACUCUCUGAUCUUGGACGUCUUUCGUACUUUUCAUACUGGAAAUCGGUUGUACUGGAAUACUUGUAUAAGUACCGAAAUAAUCGGACAAUAACAUUUAAAGAUAUAGCAAUAAAAACGGGCUUAGCUAUUUCUGAUAUUGCUUUGGCAUUUGAGUUGCUAAACUUCAUUAAACUAAGAAAAAAUGACGGAGACAUAAGAUACCAAAUCAAUGUGAAAAUAGAUUGGAAAAAGGUCUUACUACAUCAUAAAAAGAGAGCUCAGAGCAAAACACGAAUAUUUAUUGAAGCCGAUUGUCUCAGAUGGAGUCCGCUAAUGUCGGUUUCAAAAUCACCAAAUUUUAAUAUAAAACCAAUAUCUAACAGGGAAUAUUUGAGCCAUCAAUAUAUGGAAACUUCAGAUGAUGAUUUUUGUAAAAGCAAACCAGAGGAAACUACAAAGCCUCCAGCAAAUUCAACGACUGAAUCGUAUAAGGAAAAAGAUUUAAACAGAACAUUUAAGCCGACCAGUGAAAGUACAGAUAAGAUAAGUCACAUUAAAAAGGACUCACACUCGGAAACUACACAAUUACCACAAACUGAAGCAAAAAGAUGUAAACGUGCCUUUGAAGAUAUAACAGAAAACUCCGAUUCUUCUGACAGCAAGUAUUCUAAGAAGUCAUCAGAGUCGUCCGAAUUCAAUAUGUUGACUAAGCGAGCGUUGCGUCUUGCUAAGCGAAAGGACAGUAUUCCUCAUACCAACAAAAGGAAACAUUUUGAGCGAGAUAAUAAUGUUGAUCAUGUGGAACAUAAUGUUCCAAGUCAAACCGAUCAACAGAAUACUAAGGAAACUUUAGAUAAAAGUUCCGUCUUACAACGAGCUACUGUCCAGGAUGUUAAUGUUACGAAGCCUGUUAAUAUUGUGCCUAAGUUGCGAGGUAAAAAAUCAAAUGGAAAACGCGAUGAAGAAAGUAAAACUGGGAGUCAAAAUUGUAAUAAAAUUCCAUCGAAUGAGAGCGAAAACGCCGAGGUGAAGAAAAUCAUUCAGGAUAAGCAGGAAACCGAGCCAGAGCCCCAAACAGUUGAAAAAGAAAAGACCCCAAAUGAUUACUGCGCGGAACAGGUCUACGAUGCCGUCGCAAAGAAAACGAAGAAGGCAUUAUUUUCCGAAACCACUCCGUUUGAAAUAAAGCCUACUGAGAAUACACCUCCCGAAUGCAAAGUUGAGCCAAAGCCAACUGAAACUGAAAUGGUAAUUGAAAGCGUAUCAAACAUCGAGUCGAAAAUCCAAAUCCCAGUUAAGGAAAACAUCGAGCCUCAGAAAGAGUCCAGCUUAGUGACUCCUGUGGAAAUGGAAAUUGAAGAAAAAGUUCCCACUAAUCCCAAGGCUGCUCCUGAAAGCGCUAAAGUUGCACCAGUAGUGGAGUGUACUGAAACGGCCCCUAUUGUGAAUGAAGAAAAAUUGGAAAAAUUAGAAAAGUUGGAGCCAAUCAAAGAUCCAAUAGUUAAGAGCUCAGAGGAAAAACCCAUAAAACCUGAUGAGGCUCCUAUUCCUACAGAAAAAGUGACUGCCGCAGCGCCCACUCCAGUAGCCGCUCCAGUUUCUACUACCCCAAAGCCCUUGGAAACAGUUGUCACAAAAAACUUGGAUACUAAGGAGACUAAAGUGGAGAGUAAGCCCUGUGUUAUUCCUGAGCAAGUGGAAACGAAGAUUCCCGAAGCUCCUCCCAUUGCUGUUAAAUGCACUCGGCAAUUAAAUACUGAAGCUGACAAGGUAAAUACAACAAACGAAAAGCUGAUCCCAUUGAAGACAGAAGUGCCCCUAGUGCAAGAGGUGGAUACAAAGCAGAAAAUAAAUAAUAAAAAGGCGGCUUUGGAAACCUCGGUAGCGAGGACCGAGAAUACCAAUACCAAUGCGUUGUGUAAAAAACCAGAUGCUCCAAAUACCGGUAAAAUGAAUGUUCCAGAUAAGGACACAAAUAAACCGACCCAAUUACUGCAAGUCAAAGAAGAGGAAAAGCCCAAUGUGCGCGUCCCGUCGUCCUCAUUGCCAAUACGGGACAAACAUCAACUGAAAAACAACGAACAUCCCCAGCUGCAAAACUCUUUAACUUCUCAGUUCCCAAUCAAUCAAAUGCCCAACUACCAUCACACUUCGCAGUACUGGCAAUGGGACUAUUACAGCUAUAAUCUGUGUAAUUCAGCCACCCAGAAAGGUCAAAAACAAUUCCACAAAGACCUGGCAACAACAAUGGCCUACACGCACAACUUCACACAGAACUUGUACCAGUCGGCGAACUUGGCAAUGCAAGCCCAUCACCAGAUGCACCACCCAAAGGAUAAGCAGAAGGUGGAUCGAAAAAUAAGCGGCAAAAAGGAGGAGUUGGCGAAGGCAGCAGCCAACAUUAGCACUGGCAACACGGCAAGAGACGACGGCCAUGCACUCAACUGCAAUGAUUACAAUGUCAACCAGGCCAACAUUUAUGACCAGAAGUGCUCCAACCAACAAAAACAAUUUAAAGCAACGGAUCAUAACCAGCAAAUCAAGGCCAUAGACAAUGCUCAAAACCCUAUAGCCAGACACGCGAAUGCAAACCAAGCGGAGUCGGGAAUUCUGCUAUCAAGUUCUUUGAGCCGCGAGCCUUCUGCCGCGCCCACAAAACAGAAAUCGGAGCACAGUAGUAACAUAGCUCUAGGCGCUACACGAGACGAUAAAAUUAAAGUAACUCAACCGAUUCUGCAAUCGGUCAAUAACCAUUCAAAUUUGCAAGUUAGCGGUCAAUCUGAUGUUAAUACCAAUAUGCCGUACAACUCAGAGUCGGCCUCGAACAAUGCACCCAUACAGCAGCACUAUGAUUGUGGGAUUAAUGUGCAAAUAAAUAUGGAUUCGCCAGCAAGUAUUGGCAGUGCCGUCAAUCAUGGAUCGGAAAACACAAAUGGACUCAUGCACAGACAGUUCUCCGACUGUUCCAUGCAAAAUCAGUCGGCCACGACGCCCAUGCACAUGUCCAUCCAGAACUCACAUAUCCAGCAGCAGAACAACAUCAAUAUGAAUUUAACACCAGAAGGCUCGCCCAAUUUGAACAUCAUCGGCAAUGCACAGCACCAGCACCAAAAUAGAAAACUAGCAGUACAACAGCAGACGGAUAUUGUUGCGAGUUCCCCGAGUGCAUCACACCGAGAGCCGACACCCAAGCAAAUUCGGAAUAGUAAUUCAUCAAAUAAUUCUCAGCAACGGGACUCUAAGGUUCCGACAGCCGGAACUACGCAAAAUACUCACCAUCAACACUCUCAGAGUACUGUUUCAAAUAUAUCGAAGGCACAGCAACAAGAUGGCAUAGGCAGCUUGCAGUUUGCGCAAUCGGGAGGACAGCACGGACAUCAGCAGAAUAUGCAGCCCUUGGACUACAUACCUAUUCCGCAGAUUAGUCAAAACUUUUCAACGAAUCCAUCAAACUAUGACAUAGUCGGUAUGCCGGCUGUCAUUCAACAACGGAUGUCCCUUAAUAGCUCAGUUCAUUCUCUAUCGAACUCUCAUCAACGCAUUGAGCAACCUUCGUCAGCAUGUGCUGUAAAUAAUUUUUAUUUGCAAAAUAAUAUGCCAUCCAAUGAAAUCGUAUCGAACGCAUCUCGUAUACCAGUGUCAACUACCUUAGGGCCCCCAUCUUCCAUAGCUAAUAAUGAUCAGUCCAUAUCAUCGAACAGUGGGGGAACGACACCAGCUGUAGUCGGUCAUUUAUGUAGUCUUUCGAAACUCCAACAGCUUACUAAUUGCCUUGAAUCUCAGCCAUGUAAUACGUCCCCGGGAGCACAAUCGAAUUUAGCACCAUCGCCGCACCAUCCAAUUCCACCCAAUUCUAUGACACCACCACCGCAUUUGAUAAUGCAGAACAGGAACGUUUCGACGCCUCCAAAUAUGCUACAGACACAAGUAACUCCCCUCCAAUAUCAUAAAUAUUAUGCAAGCAACAUGAACAUCACGCCGAGCACAUCAACGCAGAACACUAACAGGAACACUCGAAACACACCAUCUGCCCCCAUUCAGCAUACCUCGGCGGCAAUUAGCGGCAGUUCAAACAAUCGCACGGCGAAUGUCCACAUCAGUCCCAAUCUGAUGUCACACUAUGGCGCCAUCAACAGCUAUCGAAUGUCGCCGCAGCAGAGUCCUCCUGCUACGGCGUACAGUUCGGGCGGCGAAUAUCCCAAUUCUCAGAUUCCAAUGCAAAUGGGCGUAAUGAACAUGCAAUCUCAGUACCAGGACGCGUGCGUGUUACAGCGAGCUACGCAGCCCAAUCCGAUGUAUCCAACGUACUCGCCAUACUUGUCGUUGAACAGCUCAAUACGCAGAUAAAAGAAAUCGUCAUCUUACACAAAGUAUUAUACAAAUAUAAUAUUUUCCUGUAUUACUUGUGUUGUGAAUAAAUAUAAUU